CGCGGCGCCUGCUUUUUUGCCCGCUGCGAUACAGUAACAGAUCAUUUUUACGCCGUCGACGCACCUGUGCACGCGACCAGUCCAGCCAGUCCAGCGGUUUGGCAGCGCUAACCCCACAGUGGCAUUUUGGCACCUGCUGCUCAGCAUCGAUGGCGCCGAAGAAGCGCUCAUUCAAGAAGAAGACCGCCCACAAGCGGCGGCCCGCCGCCAGCGACGCCGCGCCGCGGGGCGCCACCACGCCCUUGCACGCGGCGGCGCGAACUGGAGACGCCGCGGCCAUCACUGAAUUACUACAAACGAAGCCGGACAUCAAUGCGCGCGACGAGCACGCGCGGACGCCCCUGCAUCUCGCGGCCUGGGCGGGGCAAACGGCCGCGCUCGAGGCGCUCGUCGCCGCGGGCGCGGACGUCGCGCUGGGCGCCGUGGACAACAUGACGGCUUUGCAUUUCGCGGCGAAGAAGGGCGCGGAUUGUGUAGCUUGUCUGUUGGCGGCGGGCCCCCCCGUGGAUGCGGCCUGCGAGCGCACCGGGAAAACAGCUCUGCACAUCGCGGCGGCGGCCGCAAACGGACCAGUAAUCGAGGCGCUCAUCGACGCGGGCGCGAACCGCGCGCUCAAGACGCGGAAAGGGGAGAGCGCGCGGGACCUCGUGAAGGACAACGCCGAGCUCGUCGCGCUCUUCCGGGCCGCGCACGCCGCGCCCGCCGCUGCCGCGCCUGUGCCCGACGCCGCGCCCGCCGCGCCACCUGCCGAGACGACGGAGCCGACGUCGUUCGGCGAGGACGACGGCGGGGACGAGGAGGACGCGUUCAUUUAGAUCUAGGUAACAUGUAUUAACAC